UUGACCGUUGCUUUCCUCCUUUCGUAAAAUUAGCCGUUGCCAUCGUUGCGAUUCAUCGCCGAGCAGAAGCUGCGGCGGCAAGCACCACGAUCAGAUCCGAUGAGAAUCUAGUCUCGAUCUUCGAAUCGAGUUCUCGUCCUCCUCCCGCAUCAGUUGCAGCGCCAUGAAAGGCAUCAAAGGCAGGAUCUUGAAGCAGCUCAAGUCCGUCUCUCAGGUGCCUUAUCUCAAGCACCAUGACGAAGCUGUCUGCCCCCCUCCUUGUCCACGCAGCGUCCUCGGUGACCUCCCCGUCGUAGACUCCGAUGAUCUCACCAGAAGCCUCGAAGAGGACGAUGAAGGAUCCGACCUCGUCGGGAGCUUUCCCAGCAGCUGCGAUAAAGAGAACUAUAGGCCUCCGCCGCCGUCCAAAGGCGACGCCUUUAUGGGUCUCGACGAGAAGAAGGAUGGAGGCGAGAGAUACCGGAGGCCGGAUCCUGAAUCGGAGACACUCUUCGACCCGGAACUCCUAACGGCGUUCCGGGAGGCGGUGAUGGAGCACACGAGAGGGUUCGAGGAGUACAAGCGUAGAGCCAGGGCCAGGGCUGAUGCCCUAAUCGAGAGCAAUGGAGAAGGGGAUCCGCCGCAAGUAGGCGAGGCAGAGCCGGAGCCGCCCACCAAACUUCCUCGCACUGACGAUUCCUCUUCCGGCGCCGCCCUAAACCCCUUGAUGGAAUUCGAGUACAGGUGCCCUCCCGGAGGAGAAGAAUCCGUCAUCCUCUACACGACGACGCUGCGGGGGAUCCGCAAGACCUUCGAGGACUGCAGCGGCGUCCGGUUCCUGCUCCAGAGCCUCAAAAUUCGAUUUUUUGAGCGAGAUGUGUCGAUGCACUUGGCGUUCAGGAAGGAGCUGUGGGGGGCGUUGGAAGGCCGCGCCAUCCCCCCGCGGCUGUUCAUCCUGGGGCGGUACAUCGGCGGCGCCGACGAGGUGUUGGGCCUCCACGAGCAAGGGAGGCUGCUGCCGCUGCUGCAGAGAGUCCAGACCGAGCAGUCGGCCAGGGACGGCGCCGCUGGGGCCUGCGAAGGCUGUGACGGCGUGAAGUUUGCGGUGUGCUGGCAGUGCAGUGGCAGUAGGAAAGUCCAUGGCGAAGAGGAGUUGGGAGCAACACAGUGCCGACAUUGCAACGAGAACGGUUUGGUUUUAUGCCCCAUUUGCUGUUAAAGCAUGAUCUGUGAUCGCCGCCGCCGCCGCUUCUUCUUCUUCUUCUUCUUCUCAUUCUCAAUUCUUUCAAAAAUAUUACAAUUUAUUUUGUUUUGUUCUUCUCCCUUUGAAUUUUUAAAAUUUAUCUGAUUUUUAACUAUAAAUCAACACAA